CGUACAGUUGUGCAAUGAGACACAACUAGGACCCAAUUAAGAGUUUGGGAAACGUCGUUUGUCAUAUUCUGGACUUUCAUCAAGGGGGAGAUUCUAACCGACGCAGAUAUCCCUGUAUCUGCACCGCGGGUUUUUUCUUUUUUUUCUUCUUCUUCUUGUUAAUAUCUACAUCUCUUGCUGUGGGUGAUGGGGGCCGCGACGGGAUCUGGCUGGGAGGAGGGCGAGUUGGAGUUCAAGUUGGUUUUUGAGGAGGACCCGCCGCGUCCGCUGCAGGGCGCAUCCCCGCUGCGCGCCGCCGAGCCGGACGGCGGCGUGACGGGCGAGAGAGCGGAGGGCGCGCCAUCACACCUUGAUUCAAAUAGCAACCCUGAUAGUCACCUGGCUGCCACCCAUACAAACCAGCCAAUGAACAUCCCCAGCCCACCACCCUCAUCCAAUCAGCGUGCCGGGAUGCAUUCCCCGCCCCCGCGGAGGGCCCUGGUGAGGGAGUUCAGCGGGACUUAUGAGAGCCUGCCAGCGCGCUCCGUACAGGUAUCUGAGUCUCGAGUGGUCGAGUGCCCCAGCAUCCAGAUAACCACCAUCUCCCCUGAGGAUGACCUAGCCCCACCAGGCUCCAACUACUGGGACACCGGAGGAGGUGGCAGUGGCUGGGACCGGGAGCGCCUCUAUCUCCCCCUGCUGGACCCUUUCUCCUACCGUGAUGGAGGUCCCAGUUCCCUCAGCCCCAGCCCCAGCCCAGCUUCCAGCCCCUCCUCUCGUGGCUGGCUAAGCCCCGCCUCCAGCUGUGAUUCGCUGCUUGUGGAGGAGGAGGAGCUAAACGAAGCCACAGUCAAUUUCAGCCUCUCACCCUCUUCCAGGCCCACCUCCCCAGGUGGUAAGAAGCGUAGAAACUCCCCGCUAGCAUCCCCCUGCACCUCGCGGAGGGGAAGCUACUCAGAGGAGCUUCAUGGAUGCAUCCUGGAGGGAGGUGACUCCACCACUCAGUCACAAGCUCCUCCAAGCAGCUGUGAGGUCAGUAUUCCUCAGAAAACCAGGAAGACGUCAUUGGAACAGUUGUCUCCCAGGGAGGUGGAUCAGGAGCAGGCUCCAGGCCACAGUUCCCCCUGCUCACUGCCAGAGCUCCACCAGCCGAGGAGAGAGCUCCCGUCUCUGGGCAUGGACUAUUUGUCUGUGCCCCCUGCCCUUGGUUGGGGCAGGACCCGUGCCAAUGCUCACAGUCCUCUGUUCAGGUCUAAUGCCCUGCCGCCGCUUGAUUGGCCGCUGCCAUCUCAGUUUGACCAAUAUGAGCUGCGGAUCGAGGUGCAGCCCCGCCCACACCACAGAGCUCAUUAUGAGACAGAGGGAAGCAGGGGGGCCGUCAAGGCUGCACCAGCAGGACAUCCUGUUGUUAAGUUGUGUGGCUACACAGAGAGGAAGCCGCUGUCCCUCCAGGUUUUUGUUGGAACAGCUGACGACCGAUCUAUCAGGCCCCAUCCUUUCUAUCAGAUACACAGGGUGACAGGGAAGAUGGUGGGCACUGCCAGUCAGGAGAGCGUCCAGGCUGGCACCAAACUGCUGGAUAUACCCCUCAGCCCCGAGACCAACAUGACUGCACUUAUUGACUGCGCUGGGAUUCUGAAGCUGAGGAACUCGGACAUUGAGCUGAGGAAAGGAGAGACAGAUGUUGGCAGAAAGAACACGCGCGUUCGUUUGGUUUUUCGCAUCCAUCUGCCGCUAGCGCCCCCUGUGGCCCCGCCCGGUCGGGUACUGGCUCUUCAGGUGGCCUCCCUACCCAUCGAAUGCUCCCAGCGUUCGGCCCAGGAGCUGCCAGUGAUAGAAUCAGUUAGUCUGACUUCCUGUUCUGUGGAGGGAGGGGAGGAGCUACUGCUGGCUGGCACCAACUUCUUGCCCAUCUCCAGAGUAGUCUUCAUGGAGAGAGGGACAGAUGGCAAGUUACAGUGGGAGGAGGAGGCACAUGUUGACCGCAAUAACAGUAAUGAGUGUUUGCUGUGUGUGAAGGUUCCUGCCUACAGCGAUCUGUCCGUGAGUUGGCCUGUGCCUGUCUGUCUCUAUGUCUCAAAUGGGAAACGGAAAAGGAGUAGCACCCACUGCUUCAAGUACCUUCCCAUUAUGUUUAAAGAAGAGGACCCUCUCCUCUCUCGUCCCUCUGUGUUGACCCUGGAAGGGGUGACCAUGUGUCCCGUGGGUGGCCCUGGAAGGGCGGACCGGGUCCUUCAUCUGAGCAGUGACCCCACAGCUGAGGAGAGAGGCCUAGGCUUCCACCUGCCCCCCUACCCUUCCACCUACUCCCCCCCGUACCCAGCCCCUGGCCACCAUGAAGAGUACUGCUCCAAGGCCGAAGUUGCUGUGGAGGAUCCCGGUGGAUGCAGGGCGGCCCUGUCUGAGCGCCAUCCCAGUUUUGAGAACCUGGAGCUGGGCUUCACCGAGCUCCUCCCGCCCCUGUACCCCCGUGCCCCGCAGCCCCCCUCCCCUUCCCCGUGGCUGGACUCACCCUACCUGUCCUCCUCGCCUUCUCCCUCCCACUCCUCCUCUCUUAGCCCCUUCCCCGCUGGUAGUCCCAUCUCCUCCUCCCCUCUGCCUCCCAUGCCCACCUCCCCCUACCCCCAGUACUCCGCCUAUACUCAGGAUGUGUGCCCCUCCCCUCCCUCCAACCAGAGUGCCUAUCAGGACUUCUACCCGGUGCCAUACUCCCACUGUGAGGGCUGGGACCCCCAGGGCAGGGGUUUGGGUGCAGGACAGGGGGGUGAGAGGGAUGCGCAGACUGGCCCCAAGAUGCAGGAGAGCCCCCUGGAGUUUUCCACCUCCGCGUCAAUGCACCACAUUACAUUAGAGGAAGUCACUGAGUUCAUUGGGGAGGACAUCCAGACUUUCCAGUCAGGCUCUCAAAUGGACGACCAGCCCAGCUGAGCUCACCACAGCUCUCCUGCCAUUAUCCUGCUUAUCAAUAUCAGUGUAUUCCUUAUGCAUUUGGUAUUAGGAUUUAUUGCUACCAUUAAAGGCAAUAGUAAAAGGGGAAUUUCAAUACCAGGACACUGGAAUUGUUACCAUAGGUGCAUUUUUAAGGUUUUAUAAAAGGGAUACUGAUGUUUUAAACCUGUUUGCAUCAUAAA